AUGGAAAAAUUAACUGAAGAAUUGUUGAAUAAAAUUUUAGAAGGAUCACGACCAAGUAAUAUAUAUAAUAUAUUAAAUCAAAGUGUCACUGGUAAUCAGUACGAUACAAUAUGUAAAGAAUUAAAUGAAAAUGAAAGUGGCAAUAAUAAUCCAACAGGAAGUUAUAAUCUCUGUAAACAAAUUGCAAGGAAUGCUCAGUUUUUAUCAUAUAAGAUAAAUGAAUCGGGAUAUAAGAACUAUUGUUUACAUUACACAUAUUGGGUAUAUUAUAAAAUAAAAAAAAUUUUAGAGAGCAGCUCGGAAAGUAAUAAAUCAGAACUUCUCACUAAAUUUUUGAAAUUGAACAAUACUAUUUAUAAGCAUUAUAAUUUAUAUAACUGCCUUUACGCAAUUAAAGAAAACUCUAUAGAAGGAUUAAACGAUAAGGUAGAUGAAAAACAUUUGUUCGAUUAUUUCAAAAACUAUGAUUAUAUAAAAAAAUAUGAUACUUGUAAUAAAUUUAAUUUCAGUAAAUAUGAAAACUAUCUAAAUCAUAUAAACGAACUAUACAAAAAGCAUAAAACUGAAAAGAAAUGCUGUGAAGAUCUAUUCUGGUCCGAUUGUCCAGAUUAUUUUUAUUGUCAAAAUGAGUUCGAUCCUAAUACACUCUUACAAGCAUUAAAUUCUAAUGAAAGUGAUAAAUGUAAAAACUUAAAAAAAUUAGAAAAAACUACACAAUCCGGUUAUUUAAUGGAUUCUGAGGAUUCCCAAACAGAUAUAAUAAGUUCAUUUUAUUUUACUAGCUGUACAGAUAUUAAAGGUGACAGCCCUAAUAAUCAAACACGUACAGGUGGAAUACAAAAAUGUAAUGUGUUUGCGGCAUCCCCUAAAUCACUUAAUAGUUCUUCACCGUUUACUCAACCUCCGCCUGAUUAUGUUACUUUUAACUUCGUCCAACAAACAAUAGCUUCUGCACCUUCUAAAUUACGAGAAAAGAAAACAGAAUCAAGCGAAAACUCAGAACAAGUUCUAUUGUAUCAUUUAGAGCCAAUAAUUAAAAAACAGGUCAAAAUUACUAAAAUAAAACAAGUUUGUAAAAAACCCGGAUUAGUAAAUGAUGCAUCUGGUAGCUGCAGGGAACCAAGUGUACGAGAAACAGGAGCUAUUGGAUUAAAAUUGGAUUCAUAUCACCCCGACAAAAAAAGAGCUAUUAUAUCAUUCAUUAAUAAUCCUAUUAAUAUAUUCAAUAACAAUGUAUUUCGUGGUGGUAUUGCUUUUACUUUGAUAGUGGGAAUAAUUUCAACUAUUUAUAUUUAUUAUAAAUUUACUCCCUUCGGAAGACGUUUUCAUAAAAAGGAACCAAGGAAAAAAAGAAUUGACAAUUAUUAUGAUGAUCCAUAUAUGCGUCAAUUUAUAAUUCGCGCCCCAAAACCUCUUAAAAGGAAAGUUGGAACAGCAAGAUUACAUUUUUCUUAUUAUUCUACAUGA